AUGUCGCGUCCUCAAUCUUCCACACGCGGAAUUCCUUCUUUCUACCGCGUCUUCUUCACUAUCCUCGACCCUAUCAUCUGCAUCUGGGGCGCCUACAUGGACUUCUUCGACCCGCGCAUGGUCCUGUCAUCACACAUAAUUGCCGACACGCCUGACAUCGGACACAUCAUGAUUCUCAAGCAACGCGGCGGCGCCAUGCUGAGCUUCGGCUUCAUUUCCGCUGUCUUGCUUCGCUACACGCAGGACAUCAAAAUCUGGCACAUUGUCGAGAUAGCGCUCCUGCUUGUCGAUUUUGCGUACUUUCCUGCUGUGUUUGGGGCGUUGAACGCGCAGACAAGGGUGCUGCCGGAGACGUGGAGGGCGGAGGAUUGGGGAAGCUUGGCGAUCACGGGCACGGCGACAUUGGUUCGGCUCGCGUUCCUGGCGAGAGCUGGGUUUGCGGACGAAGACGAGGACGUGGAGGCGAAGAAGACGCAGUGA